UUUACCACCGUGCCACCCCACCCAUUCCAUAGCAUCAACAACACACAUCUCCCAUCCAUUACCUCUAUCCUUCACACGCCUGUAAAGAAAAUAUUUCGCGUUCAAUCCCCGUGUCUCAUGUGUUUAUUGUUUAUCGUUUUGAAGUUAGUGGGAAUAAAAUUGCCCCACUUUCCUCUGAUUCAGGGAGUCGUGAGCACCGCCACCGUUAGGUACCGGUUACUUUGGUACUCGGACGGCCCGGGCCAAAGACGCACCGGUCGAGCGAGCGCGGUUGUGCUGUGCUGUGUUGUACAAAAAAAAAAGACUGGCGUGAGGCGGAGGAGGGGACAGUGUAUAUGCUCGUGUUGAAUGAUACGGGAUGGAUGGAUGGGUGUAGCUGGGAGGUAGGGAGAUGGGUAGUCCACUGUGCCACACAUGAAUGAACUGCACAUUUCUCUCUACAUCCAUCCCCCCCAGACCAACAAACCAUCUACGUACUUGAAAGUCCCCCUAAUACCCCUCCUGCACUCGGGCAAACAAUGCAAAUACAAUCCUGCCACUACUCAGUUGGAUUGAAUUAGAGAAAAAAAAAAAAAAACACCUGAAUCAACUCUCCCCUUCGAGUCAAGUCAGGCCUUAAUCCAACCCCAACAGUCCCCCAAAAAGCGAACAAUGAAUAAAUAAAAACCAGCGAAAGCAGAAAGAAGCUCCACAUUUGCCUAUUCAGGCUUAGCCAUAAACUACCAAACUGCUUUCCUUCACCGCCUCGAUCCUCUCUCUUGUGUGUGUGUGUGAUUGUGUGUUCAUUUUGUGCAUGCAAAAUCCGUCUGUGCCUCUAAGCUACAUUAUCUCUCUUCAGAAAUUCUGCUAUGUGGAUAGAUGGAUGGAUGGACAGAGACCGGGGCACUAGAAAAAAAAAACACCCUCAUUAUCAUCCCGCAGCAUACUUGCUGCAGUAGUCUGGAAUCCUUCCCACACCCCAUCGCUGUAUAUUGUUUCUGUGGCGUUGGGGUGGUGGGUGGGUUACCAAGCAGUGGCCUAUUUCUAGAUGCUGAUGUAUAUAUUUGUGUGUCUGUACAUAUGUAUCUGUGUGUGUGUGAUUAUAUAAGACUUGCACCGUUAAGUGCCGCCGACUUUUGCUAUAUAAAUUGCGCAUUCUUUUCUCUCCAACACGUAUAAGUUGCGACCCCUUUUUGUCUUUCUUAAUCUGUUAGAUGAUGUGCUAGAUGCGCAUGGUGUAAUCGGACUUAUACAUACAUCUAUACACACCCUUAUAGAGAGUCUCUGAUGCGUGUGAACAGUAGGCCCUCCUGAUCCCGCACCUCCUCUUUUAUAAUGGAUUUGCUUCAUCUCGAUGCUCUUCUCC